AUAUAUAUGGCACAAUGUUUGUGCUGGCCGAGCUAAAGGAUACCGUGCGCAUUGCGCCGGACCAGUUCAGUGUAAAGUUGGUGGAUGCUAUACGCGACGAAAUCGACCGAAAACUGGCCAAUAAAGUGCUACUUAACGUUGGCCUCUGCAUAGCGCUCAAGGAUAUCGUAUCGCUGCAAGACUCCAUUAUUCUACCGGGCGACGGUGCCUCCCACACCGCAGUGGUCUUUCGCUACAUCGUUUUCCGGCCCAAGGUCGGCACCGUAAUGACCGGCAAAAUACGUAGCUGCAGCCGUGAAGGAGUCCACGUGACGCUGGGCUUCUUUGAUGACAUACUUAUACCACAAGCCGCCUUGCAGCAUCCCUCGCGUUUUGAUGAGGCCGAGCAGGCCUGGGUCUGGGAGUAUCCCUUGGAGGACGGCGCAAAGCAUGAUCUCUUUAUGGACGUUGGUGAGCCUAUCAAAUUCCGAGUAUCGCGUGAAAUCUUCGAGGAGACAUCGCCAGUUGGGCCGCCAAAAACGGAGUCACAGAGCACGCAGGGCCCCAGUACAUCCACAGCUGCCGCUACCGCUGCGCAGGAAAUCAAGACUCCAUACAAGAUUAUUGGGGCUAUCAACGAGUCCGGCCUGGGCGUACUCUCCUGGUGGGAUCAGCAAGGCAAAGAGGACGACCAAGAAAACGAGGAUAAUACGGAAUACGACAAUGACGAGGAUGGCGAGGGUGCGUGUGAGGAAUGAUAUCUCCCGCGAUUCUUACACGUUCUGACUAUUAAGCAUGCAUCAUGCAACCUGAAAUAAAGACGAGUCCAGCUGUUAUGGAUCUUCUUCUAUUGAGAAAAUCACCGACGCAGGAAAAUAAAGCAAAAAUGCUGGGACAUUGUAAAUACAUA